CCUAAAUCUUAAUUCAGAGCGCGUAUCUCUUCGUCACUCUAAAACCCCUCGCUCUCUCUUCCCUCUCACCAAAAGCUCAAUACGAUGAUCCUCCGCCUACGAUACCUCAAACUCUCCCGAACCCCUCUCCCAAUCCCCCUUUUUUCCUCCUGUCCUAAUAAAACCCUAAACCCUAAACCCUUCUCCUCCUACGGCGACUCCUCCGGCGCCGGCGAGUGGACGGAGGAGAUCGAGUAUCUGGACGAGUCCGGCGCCGUGCUCUCCUCGGGCCCCGGCGCCCGCCCCGCCGCCCCGGGGCUCGACUCGCACGUUCUCUCCGGGCGCCGUCGCCGCCCCCUCCCCCGCGCCGCCGCGCCGCGGCGCUCUCGCCUCCUCGCCCUCCGCCACCGUGGGACCUCCUCGACCUCCUCCUCGACUCCCUCCCAUUCCCCCGACCCCUCCCUCCUCUCCCUCUCCCUCUCCUCCCUCCCCAUCUCCCUCCCGACCCGUCCCCGCCCUCUCCUCUUCCGCUGGGCGCGUCGCCAACCCUGGUUCCCCCCCGACCCCUCCGUCUACGCCCUAGUCCUCCGCCGCCUCGCCUCCUCCCCCUCCCCCUCCGAACACGCCGACGACGUCGUCUCCCUCUUCGACGACAUGCUCGACCUCGCCGCCGCCGACCCCCUGCUCCUCGCCUCCUUCGCCCCCUCCCUCAACCUCGCCCUCCAAACCCUAUCCCACGCCGCCCUCCUCGAGCUCUCCUACUGCUGCUUCAAGAAGCUCCGCGACCUCGGCUUCGCCAGCUUUGAAACCCUCACCUUCAACUCCCUCAUCACCCUCUUCCUCACCAAGGGCCUCCCCUACAAGGCCUUCGAGAUCUACGAAUCCAUGAAAGGUAGUGCCUGCUCCCUCGAUUCGACCACCUACGAGUUGAUGGUGCCCGCCCUCGCCAAAUCCGGCCGUUUAGAAGCGGCACUCCACCUGUUCGACGAAAUGAAGCAGAAGAACCGGCCGGCGUUUACGGUCUACUCUGCCCUAGUUGACUCGAUGGGCAAGGCCGGGCGGCUCGAUGCUGCGAUGGGCCUGUAUAGAGAGAUGCAGAGUUCAGGGUAUAAGCCGUCGAAUGCUAUGAAUGUCUCGAUUGUGGAGGCUUUGGUGAAGGCUGGGAAGUUGGAUGCUGGUAUGAAGCUUUGGGAUGAGAUGAGAAGCAUCGGGUUUCGCCCAAAUUUCAAUCUUUAUACCGUGAUGGUAGAGGCGAAUGCAAAGUCGGGAAGGUUGGAUGUAGCGGCGUCGCUCUUUAAUGACAUGGAAAAGGCCGGGUUUUUCCCUACUCCUUCAACUUAUUCUUGCCUUAUAGAGAUGCACUCAGCUGCAGGCCGAGUGGAUGAGGCAAUGCGGCUUUACAAUUCUAUGACCAAUGCAGGUGUUCGCCCUGGUUUGAGUACAUUCACGUCACUUUUGACGGUUCUUGCAAAUAAAAAGCUCUUGGAUUUGGCUGCAAAGAUCCUGCUUGAGAUGAAGGCUGUUGGUUUUGCGGUAGAGGUGAGCGCGAGCGAUAUGCUGAUGAUUUAUAUUAAAGAGGGGUCGACCGAGCAUGCAUUGAGGUGGCUUCGUUUCAUGGGUUCGGCCGGAAUAAGGACUAACAACUUCAUAAUAAGGCAGUUGUUUGAAUCUUGCAUGAAAACCGGGCUUUACGAGUCGGCAAAACCAUUGCUCGAGACCUAUGUUGGGUCAGCAGCAAAAGUGGAUCUGAUACUGUACACAUCGGUUCUCGCCCAUUUGAUAAGGUGCCAAGAUGAGAAGAAUGAAAGAGUCAUAAUGGAUAUUUUGAGUGCGUCGAAGCACAAGGCCCACGAGUUCAUGUGCGGGCUGUUCACAGGGCCUGAGCAGCGAAAGAAGCCCGUCUUAUCAUUUGUGAGAGAAUUCUUUCAAGGGAUUGAUUACGAACUAGAGGAGAGCGCGGCUCGGUACUUUGUGAAUGUGCUCUUGAACUAUCUCGUGCUCAUGGGCCAGACGAACCGUGCGAGGUGUGUGUGGAAAGUUGCUUAUGAGAACAAGCUGUUCCCAAAAGCCAUUGUUUUCGAUCAGCACAUCGCGUGGUCUUUGGACGUAAGGAACUUGUCGGUGGGGGCGGCGCUGGUAUCUGUUGUCCACACUCUGCAUAGAUUUAGGAAGCGGAUGCUGUACUACGGAGUCGUGCCUCGACGAAUUAAGUUAGUGACAGGCCCGACACUUAAAAUAGUUGUGGCGCAGGUUCUAGAGUCGGUAGAAUCGCCAUUUGAGGUGAGCAAGGUUGUCUUAAGGGCGCCAGGGGAUUCAGUUCUCGAGUGGUUCAAGAAACCCAUUGUGCAGCAGUUCUUGCUGAAUGAGAUACCGUCGAAAGCUGACAUCUUGAUGCAUAAGCUCAAUGUGCUGUUUCCGAGCUCUGCGCCCGAGGUUCGGUCUCUUUCCCCUCCUAAAUCAGUUGCUAUGUCUAGGUGAUGUACCAGUGGUGAUUUUAUUCGAAUUCCUCAUUAGUUCAUUGAGGUGUAUAAAGUGAAGGAUAUUUAUGUACACUCCCCUUUUUUUGUGGGGGAAUAAAUUAUCAUCAUUUAAUUUAACAUCUUUCUAUUUGCGGUUCUUCCAUGUAGUAGUAAUUUCUUGAGAUACAUAUUUCAGUUCUCUAGGUUAGAUGUUUAUGGGAAAAUACUGCAUGCUAUGUGAAGAAGCUACUGUAAUAUUAGAAAGAAAAAUGGGGGUAUUAUGAUGUAAGAACAUUCGAGGUUCUGGUUCAUUAGUUAGAAUAAGCUAAUGACCAUUUGUUAAGUUCAUGGUUCUUUUGGAA